CCACCAUUCAAAGGGCAAAUUGUCCACUGACAAAAGAAUUAACGUGUCAGUGUCUUUUCGAUUGAUUAUGCUCGUUCAAAAUGAGUUAUCUAGGCUGGUCAAAUUGACCUCUAGGAAAAUAUUACUCCAAGUGUCUCCGAUUAAAUUACUUAUUUUAUGUUAACAAAAUUACCAAAUCCUCCAUACAAAAUCGAGACAUCGGAACAUGUGCCUGUUCGGAAUUUGAAUGAACCCGGUAUUUCGAAUAUCUUUUAAAGUUUUCCUUAUUUAAGGCAUACCUGCAAAAAAUACACCGCAUAAAAACACCGGAAUGGUUCGCAUCACCUGUAGGGAGAUCAGCCAUAUCGCUAGAUGUUCAUAUUUGCUACAUGCCGAGAGAAUGCGUGGGAGUCGUCUGGACGAAGGAUUCUGAAACAGAAGAUAGCAGUUAUUUUAUCGUUUCUAUCGCAAUCCCGUCCAUUCGAUAGCAUCAGUUCGGUUUCGGGAGUCGUGCCGUACGGUCGGAAAAUUUGGAAGCGGUUCUCGCCCAACUAUAAAUUUCCCUUGAUACCGUGGAAACUUUGGCUCAAGAAAUUCAACAACUGUUGCUCAUUUUUACACAUUGUUGUUAUUCCGUCUGCUGAGAGGAACCAGACAUGGUUGAAAAAUGUUCCACCGGCAAUAUGGGAAAUAACAUGAGUGCAUACUAACAAUUGAGGAAUGCAAAUAAAUACCGGAGAGACCGAACUCUGCCAUAUGCUUGGGAUCAAAAUUGUUUGAGGUGCAAAUAGUGCUGUCCCCAGUUGGUCGUGAGUUUGCAAUAAGCGGAUGCCACUAGCAAAAGUCAGGCAAUCAUCAUGUUUGGAAAUACAACGUGGAAUGAAACCUUCGCCUGGUACAACGAGUCACUGUAUCAUGGAAACGUGACAAACAUUGAAAAAAUUGUAUCCAUGAUGGUACCGGUGUUCUUCGGAUUGAUAGGUCUCGCAGGACUGAUAGGCAACGGCUUGGUCGUACUCGUUGUUGCCGCUAAUCCUAACAUGCGAUCAACCACAAAUUUAUUGAUUAUCAAUUUGGCCGCCGCCGACCUGUUGUUUGUGAUAUUUUGUGUACCAUUCACCGCGACUGAUUAUAUCCUACCAGAAUGGCCUUUCGGACUGAUGUGGUGCAAAUUCGUACAAUAUAUGAUAGUGGUUACGGCCCAUGCCAGCGCGUACACCUUAGUUCUUAUGUCCUUGGAUCGGUUUCUUGCUGUGGUCCACCCUAUUACCAGUAUGUCUAUUAGAACCGAGAAAAAUGCUGUGAUAGCAAUAACCGUGGCAUGGAUCGUCAUUGUGACCACAGCAAUUCCAGUCGCCAUAUCUCACGGAGUUCUGCACUAUCCUAGCAGGGGAGGUGAUUAUACCGCUUGUCUCUUCCUUCACACCGAAGGAUACAGUUUGAUUGCAUUUCAUGUAUCGUUUUUCCUAUCAUCAUACGUCAUCCCGCUAACGCUGAUAUCCAUGCUGUACGUCGGAAUGCUGGCUCGGUUAUGGAAAGGUGCACCAGGCGGUCGGGUCUCGGCUGAAUCUAGGAGAGGCAAAAAACGAGUCACCCGAAUGGUUGUAGUCGUUGUACUGGCGUUCGCUAUUUGUUGGUGUCCUAUUCAGAUCAUUUUGGUGCUGAAGUCCUUCAACGUGUACGAAGUUACACACGCCAGCAUCAUCAUUCAGAUCGUAGCGCACGUUCUGGCGUACACCAAUUCGUGCAUUAAUCCGGUGCUGUACGCGUUUCUGUCGGACAAUUUUCGGAAGGCAUUCCGCAAGGUGAGUAGCAUUUUGUUGGGGGAAAAUUUCGAUCCAUUCGACCAGCGUCCGACCAUGGCACAGUGGGAAAAUAGUUAAUCUAAACGAGAUCACAGGAUUGUUUUGUUUAGUUCC